AUAUAAGCACGUAGCAUGAGUAUAAAGUUAAUACAAUAGAUAGGCCCUUAAAGAAGCCCUUGAAAGGGCCCUAUGUUUAAUAGUCCCGGCCCUGAUCUGACCGACAAAUUUCUCCUACCCAAUUCCAGAACAGUCUUCUUCUGUGCUUCUUUCCUUACUCUUCUAUUUCCUUCUCCUCUACUCUCCUCUCCUAUCUCUUAUUUCUGUGUGUGUGUGUGUAUAUUAGCAAUACAAAUACACACACACACACACAUAUACUUCUUGUACACAACGAAUCGAAAGAAGCAUUUCCAUUCAUGUUUCGAGACCGUGUGCUACGCGCAACACAGUUGUCAAUCGUUUGUUUGUAAGUGUAUAUUAAAAAAAAGGAAUUUAAAAAACACACACGAGACCACUUUGAGGGCAAGGAACAAAUAAAACUAGCAAAAGUAGACUAUUAUUUAUUUGUUCAUAUAUUUUGCAAAAUUAAAUAUCGUCAUCAUGGUUUUACUAACGCCGCGGGAUAUAAUAUUCGUCUAGACUCGUCAUCGAUGCGUGUCCAGUUAAACUAUUCGUGAUCAGCAAACAACAGCAGCAGCAGCAGCAGAGUAGCAGCAGCAGCAGUAGAUGCCACGUAACAAUAGAAGGACAUAACAUCACACUUCAACAACAUCUUCUUAGGGGUUAGAAAUAACACGUGAGGACUUCUAUUGACUUGAAACUAACUUUUAUGAAAAUGAAGACAAUUUUCUCUGCGAGAUUAAACUUAGGCCGUUUAGAAAAUUGGCAAAAUGUGGUGAUGGCGGAAAGACCUAGACGUCCGAGCUCUGAGCUCGGACCGGAUUUCUCACCUCCUAGGAAUUCGAAAAGAUCUAGAUUGUUGUUGGAACUAGCUGAAGAAGAAGAAGUUGACACAGUCAAGGAAGAAGAAAGUUUGGAAAGUAACGAAACAUUACACUCACCUAAGGACACUGAAGAAGAAUCAUAUAAAUCUAUUGAAGAGGAAGCAAUAGCAGGACCAUCAGGUAUAAGAGAAAUAUCUGAUAUAAAUUCAGACGAAGAUAAUAGCAAUCAAGAAACAUCAGACAUGAAAGCCGUCGCAUUGAAUUCUACUGUAAAUAUGCAAUCAUCUUUAAUAGGUGAUCACGCAUUAUACAUACAAUUAAUUUAUAUUGGUAAUGGUGCCUAUGGUACUGUUUACAAAGCAAGAGAUUCUAAUACCGGUCAAGUUGUCGCACUUAAAAAAGUUAGAAUACCAUUGAGUAUUGAUGGAUUACCUACGUCUACAGUUAGAGAAAUUUCAACUUUGAAACAACUCGAAAGACUUGAUUAUCCACAUAUCGUCAGAUUAUUGGACGUUUGUCAAGGCAAACGUCAAAAAAGUGUCUUACCUUUCAAUGAAGUUAUAGAAGACGCAUUAGAAGAAAGCUUAACUCUUUGGUUAGUCUUUGAACAUGUUGAACAAGACUUGGCAUCUUAUAUAUCAUCAUGUUCAGAGACAGGUAUACCUCCCAACGUUGUUAAACGAAUGUUCAAGGACAUUCUACUUGGCAUUGAUUUUUUACAUGGUCACAGAAUUAUACACAGGGAUUUGAAGCCACAAAAUUUAUUAGUCACCUCAGAUCGAAGGAUCAAAAUUGCAGAUUUUGGUUUAGCUAAAACAUAUUCCUUUGACAUGGUUUUAACUUCUGUGGUUGUAACUCAAUGGUAUAGAGCACCAGAAGUUUUAUUAGGUUGCUCGUAUGCAUCUUCUGUAGAUAUGUGGUCAGCUGCUUGUAUAUUAGCUGAAAUUAGUAAGUUGAAACCAUUAUUUCCAGGUACUAGUGAAGGCGACCAAUUGGAUAGAAUUUUUCAAAUUAUUGGUACUCCAAGAAUAGAAGAGUGGCCUGAAAACGUAUCCCUUGGUUGGAAUGCAUUUCCUUAUAGAAGACCAAAACCUUUGGGUGAAGUAGUACCUAAUCUAGCUGAAAGUGGAUUAGAUCUUUUACAAAAGUUGCUUACGUUCAAUCCUCAUUAUCGUUUAACAGCUUAUCAAGCUUUAAGGCACAGAUACUUCACUGCAAAUCAAACAUCAUAAAUUUAUGUCUUAUUGUUUAUCAAAGCAGAGAAGUAUAUGUUUAGACUGAUAGAAUUAUUUCUAUGGAAUCUUAUUUAUCUAUAU